CCAAGAAAAGUGCUAUAUAAAUGUAAUGAAUUAUUAUUAUUAUUAUUUAUGUCAAGACCACAUGUUUGCCGCUAGAUGAAUGCUCCAAUCUGAACCUCCUUUUCUCCUUUCUCUCCCUCCUACCAGAACCACAGGGAUAAACCAAAUAAUGCAUAUGUAAUCCUUAACGUGUGAAAACAUGGCCACAACUGCUAAAUGAAAAUCACAACAUCAAAAAAAGGAAUAAUCCAGAGGGGUGGGAUUUAACCUCCUACUACGUGCUUUUCAUGAGACAAACCUCAGACAAAGAAAGCCCCCCUGCUGCGUUGCACAAAGAACAGGCUCAACACCAUAGAAAAAGACACUCACGUAUGACAAGUGAGUGAGUGAGUUUAGACCACAGUGAUCUAGCUCAGCCGUCCAAUCAUAAUGAGAUAAACGGGGUGAUUCCAUAGGGUGAAGAAUCAGAGGGUGUUUUUGAUGAGAUUGUCCAUCUUCACUACUGGGAAGAAAAGUAUAGAUAUGUUGGAACACACAAUGACAAUUUUUCCCAGUGUCAAGGGAGUAGAAUGGCAUCCACACAAUGGCAUUGGGAGUCUCUCGGGAGUUCUGUUAUCGCCCUGGGGUAACGUGGCACACACCAUCACUGAAUGAAUGAGUUACUGACACGCGCUUGGGUGUCAUUGUGGCCAACUGUUCAAUUAACAAGUCCUCUAGCCCCAUUAAUGCUAUUAGCUGCUGAUCCAGGCAGCACUGGUUGGCUAGGGUGGUGUUGGCGGUGAAUUAGAGAGGGUUGUAUCCUCUCAGCUUUUUGUCAGUGCCACGCCAGCUAUACAUGACCACAGUGCCCCUUCUGUCUUGUGGAAUUAUCGCAAUGAAAUUUCAGGAGAGCCCCUCUAGGGUUUCCAUCCACACCCCACUGAUGCAGCGUUGCUUUGUUUAUUCUUACACAGAUAAACAAUCAUGCUUAUAUUAAAGGCAGACUAAAUCCCCGCCCCAUUCCCACUCUGAAAAGAGACAGUCAUAGCCCAAGGAUUCCUCGCCUUGCUGCUAGUUCCUUUGAACUUUGUGUCUUUCUCACUUCCCUGUGUGUUUUCCCCCCGCCCUUGCACUCUCUCUCUCUUGUUCUUAGCCUGUGCACACUCUUCCUUACCUACUCGUGCAUGCAAGCAUGCACAAAGACCCAUUCAGCUGAGGACCCUUCUACAUACGGGUUUCUUAAAGGAGACAGGUACACUGGAGAAGUCUGAUAUUUGACCCAUCCUUUCCAGCUGACUGCGAUCUGCUGCUUCCCCCUGCACCCCUCCUUCUCUCUCUCUCCGCCUCUGUCUCGCUCUUUCUCUUUCUCUCUCUGAGAUCUUUCGGAGCCGUGCUCUUUGUGAAACAGAACGCACACCUUCACACACACGCUGGCUGAGUGCGGAGGUCUGUGCCUGUAUCAGUGGGACUGCACACGGUGGGCAGGCAUGGAGCGCUUCCUUGGCUUUGUCAAGCAGAUCCGGAGGUCCAGGAGACGCAAGGGCAAGAAGUACCGUCCGGAAGAGGAUUACCAUGAGGGUUACGAGGAUGUCUAUUACUAUGCCUCUGAGCAUCUACACCAUGAGGGGCCCUACACUAAACACUCCAAUCCCUCCAGGCCACCAGAUGGCGCUCUGGCAAUUAGGAGACAGAGUAUUCCAGAUGAGUUUAAGGGCACCAGCACCGUGGAGCUGAUCAAGAAGGAAGGCACAACCUUGGGCCUGACAGUAUCUGGAGGCAUUGACAAAGACGGCAAGCCCCGCGUCUCCAACCUGCGCCAGGGCGGCAUCGCUGCCAGGAGUGACCAGUUGAACGUAGGGGACUAUAUAAAGUCUGUGAAUGGAAUCAACUUGACAAAGUUUCGUCAUGAUGAGAUUAUUAGUCUGCUGAAGAAUGUGGGGGAGAGGGUCGUUCUGGAGGUCGAGUACGAGCUACCGCCUGUCUCUGUACAGGGCUCAGGGGUCAUGUUCAAAAACGUGGAGGUGACCCUGCACAAAGAAGGCAAUACAUUCGGUUUCGUCAUCAGAGGAGGCGCCCAUGAAGACAGAAACAAAUCUCGCCCGGUUACCAUAACUACCAUCAGACCCGGUGGUCCGGCUGACAGGGAAGGUACCAUCAAACCCGGCGACAGACUGCUCAGUAUUGACGGAAUUCGUCUGCAUGGAGCGUCUCACGCAGAGGCCAUGAGCAUCCUCAAACAAUGCGGCCAGGAAGCCACUCUUCUCAUAGAGUAUGAUGUGUCAGUCAUGGAUUCUGUAGCCACAGCUUCAGGCCCACUGUUGGUGGAGGUGGCUAAGUCCAUGGGUUCCAGUUUAGGUCUGGCUCUCUCUACCUCCAUGUACUGCAAUAAGCAGGUCAUCAUCAUCGACAAGGUCAAACCAGCCAGCAUCGCCGAUAGGUGUGGUGCACUGCAUGCAGGUGAUCACAUCCUCUCGGUGGAUGGCACAAGUAUGGAGUAUUGCACACUGGCUGAGGCCACCCAGCUGCUAGCUAGCGCUUCUGAACACGUCAAAAUGGAGAUUCUGCCUCACCACCAGACAAGACUGGCCCUCAAGGGCCCUGAACAUGUCAAGGUGCAGAGGAGUAACCGGCCAUUGCCCUGGGAAUCCGGAACCAACAACAACAGCAACUUCCUUCCCUAUCAACACUAUAACACCUACCACCCUGACCAGUCCCGCAGCCAGACCAAGCAAAAAACCUCUCCAAACAACCCCCCUCUGGGUUCAUCCUUCUCUCCCACCUCCAUGAGUGCCUACAGUCUGAGCUCACUCAACAUGAACACGCUGCCACGCACCAUGUAUCCCACAAGUCCCCGUGGCACCAUGAUGAGACGCAAACUGAAGAAGAAAGACUACAAGAGCUCAAUGUCCCUGGCUUCCAGUACGGUAGGACUUGCUGGUCAGGUGGUCCACACAGAAACAACAGAGGUGACCCUCAUCAGUGACUCCAUCAUGGGCUUUGGGAUCCAGCUUCAGGGAGGAGUCUUUGCCACGGAAACCCUGUCCUCUCCGCCGCUCAUCGCUUACAUAGACCCCGACAGCCCGGCGGAGCGGUGCGGCAUCCUGCAGAUUGGCGACCGCAUCCUGUCAAUAAAUGGCAUCCCCACUGAGGACAGCACGCUGGAGGAGACCAAUCAGCUGCUGAGGGACUCCAGCAUCACCAGCAAAGUCACACUAGAGAUUGAGUUUGACGUAGCAGAAUCGGUUAUCCCAAGCAGUGGAACCUUCCAUGUGAAGCUACCAAAGAAGCCAGGUGUGGAGCUGGGCAUCACCAUCAGCUCCCCUUCCAGUAGGAAGCCCGGAGAUGCACUCAUCAUCUCUGACAUAAAGAAAGGCAGCGUGGCGCACAGGACGGGCACCCUGGAGCUGGGGGAUAAGCUUCUGGCAAUAGACAACAUUCGUCUGGACAACUGCUCCAUGGAGGACGCCGUUCAAAUCCUGCAGCAGUGCGAAGACCUGGUUAAACUCAAGAUCCGCAAGGACGAGGACAACUCAGGUAUCCUACGUGAUGGCAGUGUUGAUAUGGACGCCCGUGUGCUGUUGGCCUGUGUUGCAGACGAGCAGGAGAGCUCUGGUGCCAUCAUUUACACUGUGGAGCUGAAACGCUUCGGCGGGCCGCUGGGCAUCACUAUCUCGGGCACCGAGGAGCCCUUCGACCCUAUCAUCAUCUCUAGCCUCACUAAAGGUGGCCUGGCCGAGAGGACCGGUGCCAUCCACAUUGGUGAUCGCAUCCUGGCCAUUAACAGCAACAGUCUGAAGGGCAAACCUCUCAGUGAGGCCAUCCACCUGCUGCAGAUGGCAGGGGAGUCAGUCACACUGAAGAUCAAGAAGCAGGGAGAAUUGGCAAGCCCAAAGCAGCCCUCAGUAACUGGGCGUUUAAACGAUCUGAGCGAUAUGGAGGAUGACGGUCAGGCUGGGCAGAAACUCUGUAAACUCUCAGACAUCUAUUCCACCACUAUUCCCAGUGUGGACAGCGCAGUGGAAUCCUGGGACGGCUCCGCCAUUGACGCCACAUUCAGCACCCAAGCUCCCACAGGUUUCCAGGCAUCGGGCUACAGUUUCCACAGCCAUGAGUGGAGGAAUGCCAAGCCCGGCCGGGGCAGCCUCUCCCCAGUGAACAGCAGUCGGCAGAGGAACAACAUCCUGCCGGACUUUGGACUCGGUGUGGAUGAAUGGGACAGGCCAAGCGCUAGCGGGUUCACUGUGGGGCAUGACGGGACUGAGCCAGACCAGGAAGAGAACUUCUGGUCCCAAGCGCUCGAAGACCUGGAAACGUGCGGCCAAUCCGGGAUCCUGCGAGAACUUGAGGACAAGCCAGACAGGCUUCUGAAUAAGAGAAACCUGGCCAUCUUGGCCACCAUCAUGUCGGGCAGCUCUUUGAGUUUAAACCACGAUCCUGCACCCACCCGAAGCCAUCUGGGCCGCCAGGCCAGCUUUCAGGAACGUGGCAGCAACAAACCACAAUACACACAGGCCAACCGCAGCAACACGCUGCCCACCGACGUCGGCAGAAAAGCUUUCUCCAUGAGAAGAAUGAAGCAGGAGAUCAAAGACAUCAUGUCGCCCACCCCGGUUGAGCUUCACAAGGUGAACCUUUUGAAGGACUCGGACCUUGAGGACUUCGGGUUUAGCGUGUCUGACGGAGUCUUGGAGAAGGGGGUUUAUGUAAACAAUAUCCGUCCAGGCGGCCCUGCUGAAAUCGGAGGACUCAAGCCAUACGAUAGACUGCUACAGAUAAACCACGUCCGGACUAGAGACUUUGACUGCUGCUUAGUGGUUCCUCUUAUAGCAGAGUCCGGGAACAAACUGGAUCUAGUCAUAAGCCGAAACCCGGUUUCCUCGCAGCCCUCAGAACUAAACCCGUUGUCCAAUGACGAGACAGCAAACUGGACUGACCCCGGGGACCCUGUCGUGCAGCCCACCGCAGGGCUGGAGCAGGGCCAGCACAACUCCACGCUAGCGGGACUAGAGGACAGAGACCCCAACAAGACUUUAUAGCAGAACUCCUCCCAGGUGCCUGCAGUGGAGCGCUCCUCCACAUGGUGCUAAAGAGAACCCUCCCCUCCCUAAAACGGCUCCCUCUAGUAGAGGACAACGAGAGGGGCUUGUUGUCCUAUAGCACACACCCAGUCCCUUUCCUAAGUCAGAGCAUGAACAACCAUGACUAAGAGGUCCUUUCCUGACAAGCUGGGUGUGUUUUUACCCUGUGAAAAUGGCGGCGAAGACCACACUGACCUCUUGGAAAACCAAAUUGUGGGGGGGAAAAAAAACCUGAAACAGUGCCAUCCCUGAUUUUUAUUGCCAAUAAAUGAGAAUAGUUUUAAGGAGGAGUCAAAAAAAGAAUGCAUAAAAGCAACACUGAGACUUUUACUUACAAUAUCGGACUGGCCACUCUGUGAUUGUCCGUAUUUGUGUGAGUUUGAAUGAGUGUGCGCGUGUCCCGAGACUUUAUUUCGCAAGGUUCCACGAAGUCUGUCAAAGUUGUACAUUUGUAACACGACUGUCAAUCCUCCUAUUUUGUGAUACUGAAACACAAGUGUGCGUAUAGUGUAUGUCCGUGUAUUUCCUUCUAUCUGAUGCCAAGGUCAGAUUCCUUUUCUCGCUCGAUGAGAGAGAGAGUAUACAGCUGUCAUGGGGGAAAAAAUAAUCAGCACAAUGAAUUCGGUAGCCAUUUUUCAAUUGUGACUGAAUGUGGGUUAUAUCCUAAUGCAUGAGACCUUUUAAUGAACUAUUUUGUAGUACUUCUGUCCAAAAAAAAAACAAAAAAAACCCACAAGCGCUUGGCUACAUGAAAAACACCAUGUUUCGGUUCUCUGUCUGCUAUAUCACCGUAAAUAUGAAAUCCAAUGUCGCUCGUAUAAGGAGAGGGUGGCACAAAGGCACCUUAUCUUGAAAUUGGACAGAUAUCUAUUUUUAUGAAUCGAGGCGGAUGAUUUAUAAGGGAUGCGUGUGAUUUUGAGCGAUGGCUGGUUAGCAUGAGGUCACUAUCCACCAUGUACCGUAGCAGAUUGAUGGCACGGAGAAGGUCAUUCAGUUUCGGAAACUCUCUGUACUUUGUUAGGUAACUACCGUAGGUCUGUGGUCUCCAGACUCUCGCCCCAUAUUUUAAGGAAAUCCAUCACUGGCCCAAAGGAUAGAACAGCUUAUUUAUUCCAACAUCAAUCUCCUAAAUGAAAACGACAGGCGUUCAAGUAGGUACUCGCAUAUUGUUUACUCCGCUGUCUGUGAUAAAUGAGAAUAUUACGAUGAACAAAUUCAUCUCAUUUGCUUAAAUUUGCAGUAUCCACUUAUGACAAAAACGCAAGCAUGGGGUUGAUGUCCAUGAGUAAAAAAAAAUCCUGAAAAGACUUCUGUAUUCCUCCCCACAUUGUUUAAAUGGUUAUCAAUCAUUAUGGUAAUUUGUAUAUGGUACUGUUAUGGUUUUAUAUGUCUCAUCUGACAUUUUUUUCCAGACUGUGUAAGCCCAAAGGGUACGCAAUCCAUUUGUAAAGAGAAAAAAAAACAAAGUGUCAAAUCAUGAGAGAAUGGAUUUGUUCUACUGUAUGUGGUAGACCAAUAAACAUCACAUUUGUAGCUCUACUUGGAAAUAAAUAAUGUUACUAAAGAAAAAAAAAUGCCAUAGGUAAGCUGCUAAUGGCAAUGAAGAUCCUCACCCACCUGUGUGAAACUGUGCUUUUGAUUGAGUGACGUCACCCUCGUUGUCAGUGCUCAAAGAUCCUGUCUACUCACUAUUUUCAAAUGGCACAUUGUGGUCCAACUCCUGAGCCGAACAAAAACCUCAUCAAGCCCACUUGAUGGAGAACGUUUGACGAUGAUGAAAAGGUGUCUUUUGUUGUUUUUAUUUCAGAUAAACUUUCAGGUACGGGUUCAUUCCCCAAACUCACGCACCGAGAUUUUUUCUCAAUUCGCUACAUCUUGAAUUAUGGUUUUCAAGCCCUGAUUCAAAAGUUAGUUGUCACUUUCAUUAUGCUUUCCUUGACCUUGACCUAUGUUUGUUACAACACUUCACUGUGUUACUACAAAUACACUCCGGUCAAGUGAAGUCAAGCACUGCCAGUAAAAAUAGUGGGUGUCCAUUUUCAGUAUACAAUAAUUUUAUGAUUCAAUGUCACGGUUAUGUCCCUAAAAUAUUGUAUUUUUAUUUCUAAUGGACAGGUAUUAUGAGCUGUAAAGUAUUUUUGUACAAAUUUAAUACUUUGUUAGCAUGAUGUUUAUCGUCUAUGUAUAAAUUUGGGGAUUCCUACAGCUGUAAUCCUUUGUAUGGCCGACGAACAGAGAAACAAUAAAACAACAUGCCGAGUGAAGAGAUGA